AGAGACGUUUCAUUGGCUGCUUCCCUCCGUUGCUCAUUGCUUGCAUUCGUGGGUUGGUUUGUCAAUCAAAGUGCUAUUUUGUUUUCUUCCUGGUUAGCUGCACAGUGACAGAGGAGCAACAACAUUCGGUGAGUGUUCAUUUCAACUACUUUUCUAAUCAAGGUAAAUUGGACACAUAAUUUAGAGCUAGCAAUGUGGUUAUCCGCAGUGAUACUCUUCUAAGACACUUGCAAUUAUUAAGCCAAAGAUCAAAAUAACUUGAGCUGCGCCAGCCAAAAGCUGUGCUGCGACACCCAGGUAGCUAGAGCUGCUCGAUUCAGCAAGCUAAACGCACGAUGCAUGACAUUGUUUGCAUAACAACUUUAACGAACCAAGAAAUAUAGAGAAUAGGCUAGCUAUCAUCGGAUUAGUAGUAGUGGCUAGUAGGUAGAAAGCCAUCAUACAACCCAGUGUCGUGACUCGUGGUGGUGGCCAGCAGCAGCAGCUUUUUUGCUUGUUCACGUGUGUCGCGCUGCGCAGAUUCGCUCAAUUCUUCUUAUCUGAAUAUUUAAAUUAUUUGUUUGAGUGUUAGUUCGUUAAAUCAGAGCCCAACCUGAGCGGCAUUUUACCCAAGUCCAUCCAUAUGGAUAUUGUGUGGCUCACUUGACUAUAGAAUUGUAGGGAAUAUCCAAAUCGAGUACCACAGUAUGAGUCAUAAUACCCAUAAAACCUAGCGGUCAAACAAGGAAACGGUUCCAAUCUUUAUUUCCACCAUUCAUUUUCCCAUAGGGGAUUUUAAAAGUAGUUAAAAUAAGGGCUGUGUUUCGUGUAGGCUUACCCUGGCAUGAUGUUUCAAUAACCGUGUAAGUCUCUCUAGGUCAAGGAGACUUAUCAAUAUUUUCACCUGUAUUUACCCCCCAAAAUGAAAGGCUAAUUAGCUUCUAAUGUGGCUAUCAUAAAGAACUACAAAUGCCAUGAUGAUCUGGACGAGACUGCCGAAUCGAGGCAAAGGUAAGAAUCUCUGGAUUAACUAUCUAAUGUUAGCUAAAUUUAGUAAUGAAUAAAUUGGCUAAAUUCCUUUUUAAAUGGGCAAUUCUGUAAACUGUCUUGUGCAAGUUUGAAAUUGACACUACCUGUUAGCAAAGGUGUCAGCUAGAGAUGACGUGCAGGAGCUUGCAGGGAUUUGUAGACUUGCAUGAUGUCUACUUUGAUGCUAAUUAACAUUUUCAAAUCUAAGAGUAAAUAGAGCUGAAUAUAUUGAUAAAAGUCACCUUGUCCAAGAGAGAUUUACAUGGUUAUCAAAGCGUCACGCCAGGGUAAGCCUACACGAAACACAGCCCUUUUUAAAAAGUGUUUCUAAUUCCCUAUGGGAAAAAUGAAUGGUGGAAAAACGAUUGGAACCAUUUCCCUGUUUGACCGCUAGGUUUUAUGGGUAUUAUGACACCUCCACUGAAGGGAACUAUGUGACUUCUAUUAUUGGCCAUAUAAAUCUCACAGAAAAGUUGUGAUACAGCCUGGGAUCGAACCUGGGUCUGUAGUGACGCCUCUAGCACUGCAAUGCAGUGCCUUAGACCGCUGCACCACUCGGUCAUCUAUCUAUAGAUAAAUGCCAACUGAAAGCUACUGGCCCAAAUGAAAAGUAUACUGUCCCGAAUGAAAAUAAUACUGGCUCGGAAAAGCGGAUGAUUCGCGCAUAAUUUCUAUUUUAUCUUUAAUCUGCGGUCAUAGCCUAUAAAGGAGUAGUUCACUAUUUUACAACUUGAAGUUAGAUGGUUCCUCACCCUGUGGGCCAAGAGAAACUGUAAUCAAUCCAUGGUUCAGUUUUCUUUAAACAGCAACUACAAACUUCAGCUAACAUUAGCCACCACAAGCUAACAAUCAAUGGAAGUGAUGGGGGCAUGUGAGCAUGUUAAAGAUGCCCUCAGAUUAAAGAUAAAAUAGAAAUUAUGCGCGCAUCAUCCGCUUUCCUGGGCCAGUAUUAUUUUCAUUCAGGCCAGUAGCUUUCAGUCGGCACUCCUUUUAAAGCUGCAAUAUGUCUUUUUAGGCGACCAACCCACUUUACAUAGAAAUGUGAGAUAUCGAUCUGUCAUUCUCAUCGAAAGCUAGUCUAAGAAGCGGUAUAUCUGUUCAAUGUGCGCUAUUUCUAUGCUUCCCAUUCUUAAGUUUCAUUUUUGCGUCUUUUACUUUCGAUUUUGUACACCAGCUUCAAACAGCUGAAAAUAUAAUAUUGGUUAUGGAAAAUAUAUUUCACAGUGGUUUAGAUGGUACAAUGAUUCUUUAUACUAUACUUGCUUGUUUUGCCACACAAACUGAUAUUAAGCAACUAUUAGAAUUUUAGCAAAAUAAAACAUUUGUGCAAUAUCAAAAAGGGUGUUAUUGUUUGCGAUUUAGUCAGCAGUCUAUAGUUGUAGGGCCCUAUAAAAUCUGUUUUAUAUUUUGCUCAAUUCUGUUUUCCUGGGUUUGUUUUUCCAGGUUGCUGUGUUUUCCUUGUUUUUUCAGGUUUUCACUAUCAAAAUCACACUUUUUUAAUAGAAAAAACAAGACAUUUGUUUUUAUAAGUCCACAACAAUGCUUUAACCACAUCAGGAAACCAUUUUUGAGGUCUGGGAACAAUAAAUAUAUAAAAAAGUUUCUUUGCGGAUGUAGUUGCCCUUUAAUUCAGCACCUAGCAAGAGACAGUUGUUUGGCUAGCUGUGUUUUUGUACUGUACAGUGUAGGCUACAUGUGAUGGCAGAAGUUGUAAAACGAAUGUCCCGCGAUUGAUACAAAUCAUCAUGAUAUCGUUCUGCCAGGUAUGCCUACUUUGCAGUCAACAUUUAAUUGGGAAGGUUUUUUGGGAAAGCCUUUAGAAAUGUUCAUUCAAACAGGGCAGGAUGACUGAAUUGAGCAUUGCAAAGAUUCAACCAAGACUUUGGACCAAACUUUUUGAAUACCUAGUUUGCAUACGCAUUGUUGCCUAAGCAUUUCCUGGUAAAUAUAAGUUGAAACAUCUUUCCUACCUACCAUACACCACUCUCGUUCUUCAGUCUGUCGGCUUGGCCCCUAAGACCCUCAUGAACUUCUACAGAUGCACCAUUGAGAGCAUCCUGUAGGGCUGUAUCACCGCCUUGGGCGGUAACUGCACCGUCCGCAAACGCAGGGUUCUCCAGUGCCCAACACAUCACCGGGGGCACACUGCCUGCCCUCCAUGACAUUUACAGCACCCGGUGUCACAGGAAGGCCAAGAAGAUCAUCAAGGACCUCAGCCACCCGAGCUACGGCCUGUUCACCCCGCUACCAUCAAGAAGGCGGAGCUGAGAGACUGAAAAACAGCUUUUACCUCCAGGCCAUCAGACUGUGGAAUGGUCACCACUAGCCUUAGUCACUAUUCUAGCCGGCUACCACCUGAUACUCUACCCUGCACCUUAGAGACUACUGCCCUAUUUACAUAGUCAUUGAACACUGGUCACUUGAAAAAUGUUUGCAUAGUGUUUUAGCAACUUUAUAUGUAUAUACUGUAUUCUAUAUAACUACUGCUGUACACACCUUUUCUAUUCAUAUAUAUACAUUAGAUGUAUAUAUAUUUAUAUUCCGCUCUCUGACAUUGCUCGUUCUGAUAUUUCUUAAUUUUCUGGAUUAUGUGUGUAUUGUUUGUUUCUUUUUAUUUCUAGAUAUUACUGCACUGUUGGGGCGAGAAACACAAGCAUUUUGCUGCACCUGCUAUAACAUCUGUGUACCUGUGGUCCUCUGUAGCUCAGCUGGUAGAGCACGGCGCUUGUAACGCCAAGGUAGUGGGUUCGAUCCCCGGGACCACCCAUACACAAAAAAAAAAAAUGUAUGCACGCAUGACUGUAAGUCGCUUUGGAUAAAAGCGUCUGCUAAAUGGCAUAUUAUAUUAUUAUUAUUACCUGACCAAUAAACUUUGAUUUGAUUUGAGCUGCUCCAUGUGACAACCAUUUGAGAGCUGCGCGCUCUUGCUACCCGUAAGAUUAUUCAGCUCAAACUAGGUUGUGUGUGGGCGCGUGUGAUUUAUAAUCUACAUAACAAACUAACAGCUUCAGGAAUUCGUCUGUUUUUUCAUCAAUUAUAUACAGUAGCCUAGAUUGAAAAAGAGCAUUAUUACAAUAUUUUUUUCACUUGCCCAAGCGGGCCACUGACGUGGAUGAUUGACUGGCCCGGAGGGUUUCCAAAACAUCCCCGGGCCAGCGGGCAGCCCUGUAUGUUCGAAUCAAAUCAAAUUGUAUUUGCCACAUGCGUCAGUGAAAUGCUUACUUACAAGCCCUUAACCAACAAUGCCGUUUUUAUAUAUAAGUGUUAAGUAAAAAAUAGAUAAAUAAAAAUAAUUAAAGAGCAGCAGUAAAAUAUAAUAACAGUAGGUAGGCUAUACACAAGGGGUACCGGUACAGAGUCAAUGUGUGGGGGCACAGGUUAGUCGAGGUAAUUGAGGUAAUAUGUACAUGUGGGUAGAGUUAAAGUGACUAUCCACAGAUAAUAAACAGAGAGUAGCAGCAGCGUAAAAGAGGGGGUGGGGUGAGGGGGACAAUGCAAAUAGUCUGGGUAGCCAUGAUUAGCUGUUUAGGAGUCUUAUGGCUUGGGGGUAGAAGAUGUUAAGAAGCCUUUUGGACCUAGACUUGGCGCUCCGGUACCGCUUGCCGUGCGGUAGCAGAGAGAACAGUCUAUGACUAGGGUGGCUGGAGUCUUAGACACAUUUUAGGGCCUUCCUCUAACACCGCCUGGUAUAGAGGUCCUGGAUGGCAGGAAGCUUGGCCACAGUGAUGUACUGGGCCGUAUGCACUACCCUCUGUAGUGCCUUGCGGUCGGAGGCCAUACCAGGUGGUGAUGCAACCAGUCAGGAUGCUCUCGAUGGUGCAGCUGUAUAACUUUUUGAGGAUCUGAGGACCCAUGCCAAAUCUUUUCACUCCUGAGGGGGUAGGCUUUGUCGUGCCCUCUUCACGACUGUCUUGGUGUGUUUGGACCAUGAUAGUUUGUUGGUGAUGUAGACACCAAGGAACUUGAAGCUCUCAAACUGUUUUAACUGCAGCCCCGUCGAUGAGAAUGGGGGCAUGCUCAGUCCUCUUUUUUUCCCCUGUAGUCCACAAUCAUCUCCUGUGUCUUGAUCACGUUGAGAGAGAGGUUGUUAUCCUGGCACCACACGGCCAGGUCUCUGACCUCCCUAUAGGCUGUCUCAUCGUUGUUGGUGAUCAGGCCUAACACUGUUGUGUCGUCAGAAAACUUAAUGAUGGUGUUGGAGUCGUGCCUGGCCAUGCAGUCAUGGGUGAACAGGGAGUAAUAAUAAUAAUAAUAAUAAUAAUAUGCCAUUUAGCAGACGCUUUUAUCCAAAGCGACUUACAGUCAUGCGUGCAUACAUUUUUGUGUAUGGGUGGUCCCGGGGAUCGAACCCACUACCUUGGCGUUACAAGCGCCGUGCUCUACCAGCUGAGCUACAGAGGACCACAGUACAGGAGGGGACUGCGCCACACCCCUGAAGGGCCCCCGUGUUGAGGAUCAGCGUGGCAGAUGUGUUGUUACCUACCCUUACCACCUGGGGGCGGCCCAUCAGAAAGUCCAGGAUCCAGUUGCAGAGGGAGGUGUUUAGUCCCAGGGUCCUUAGCUUAGUGAUGAGCUUUGUGGGGUUGGUGUUCCUCUUGUCCAGGUGGGAAAGGGCAGUGUGGAGUGCAAUAGAGAUUGCAUCAUCUGUGGUUCUUUUGGGGCGGUAUGCAAAUUGGAGUGGGUCUUGUGUUUCUGGGAUAAUGGUGUUGAUGUGAGCCAUGACCAGCCUUUGAAAGCACUUCAUGGCUACAGACGUGAGUGCUACGGGUCGGUAGUCAUUUAGGCAGGUUAUCUUCGUGUUCUUGGGCACAGGGACUAUGGUGGUCUGCUUGAAACAUGUUGGUAUUACAGACUCAGUCAGGGACAUGUUGAAAAUGUCAGUGAAGACACUUGCCAGUUGGUCAGCGGAUGCUCGGAGUACAAGUCCUGGUAAUUCGUUUGGCCCUGCGGCCUUGUGAAUGUUGACCUGCUUAAAAGUUGUACUCACAUCGGCUACGGAGAGCGUGAUCACAUAGUAAUCUGGAAUAGCUGAUGCUCUCAUACAUGCUUCAGUGUUGCUUGCCUCGAAGCGAGCAUAGAAGUGAUUUAGGUUGUCUGGUAGGCUCGUGUCACUGGGCAGCUCGCGGCUGUGCUUCCCUUUGUAGUCUGUAAUAGUUUUCAAGCCCUGCCACAUCCGACGAGCUUCGGAGCCGGUGUUGUACAAUUCAAUCUUAGUCCUGUAUUGCCUCUUUGCCUGUUAGAUGGUUCGAUAGAGGGCAUAGCGGGCUUUCUUAUAAGCGUCCGGGUUAGAGUCCCUCUCCUUGAAAGCGGCAGCUCUACCCUUUAGCUCAGGGCGAAUGUUGCCUGUAAUCCAUGGCUUCUGGUUGGGGUAUGUACGUACGGUCACUGUGGGGAAGAUGUCAUCGAUGCACUUAUUGAUGAAGCCAGUGACUGAUGUGGUGUACUCCUCAAUGCCAUCGGAAGAAUCUCGGAACAUAUUCCAGUCUGUGCUAGCAAAACAGUCCUGUAGUUUAGCAUCUGCGUCAUCUGACCACUUCCUUAUUAACCGAGUCACUGGUGCUUCCUGCUUUAAUUUUUUGCUUAUAAGUAGGAAUCAGGAGGAUAGAAUUAUGGUCAGAUUUGUCAAAUGGUGGGCGAGGGAGAGCUUUGUACGCGUCUCUGUGUGUGGAGUAAAGGUGGUCUAGAGUUUUUUUCCUCUGGAUGCACAUUUCAUAUGCGAGUAGAAAUUAGGUAGAAUGGAUUUAAGUUUCCCUGCAUUAAAGUCCCCGGCCACUAGGAGCGCUGCCUCUGGAUGAGCGUUUUCCUGUUUGCUUAUGGCCUUAUGCAGCUCAUUGAGUGCAGUCUUAGUGCCAGAAUCAGUUUAUGGUGGUAAAUAGACAGCCAUGAAAAAUAUAGAUUAAAACUCUUUUGGUAAAUAGUGUGGUCUACAGCUUGUCUUGAGAUACUCUACCUCAGGUGAGCAAAACCUCGAGACUUGAUUUCGUACACCAGCUAUUGUUUACAAAUAUACACAGACUGCCACCCCUUGUCUUACCGGUGUCAGCCGUUCUAUCCUGCCGAUAUAGCGUUUAUCCCGCCAGCUGUAUGUUAUCCAUGUCGUCGUUCAGCCACGACUCGGUGAAACAUAAGAUAUUACAGUUUUUUAUGUCCCAUUGGUAGGAUAUCCGUGAUCGUAGGUCGUCUAUUUUGUCUAUACUUUUUAUGGUAGGUUUAUUUGAACAGUGAGAGACAGAAUAACAGCAAAACAAUCCAGAAAAACGCAUGUCAAAAAUGUUAUAAAUUGAUUUGCAUUUUAAUGAGGGAAAUAAGUAUUUGACCCCCUCUCAAUCAGAAAGAUUUCUGGCUCCCAGGUGUCUUUUAUACAGGUAACGAGCUGAGAUUAGGAGCACACUCUUAAAGGGAGUGCUCCAAUAUCAGCUUGUUACCUGUAUAAAAGACACCUGUCCACAGAAGCAAUCAAUCAAUCAGAUUCCAAACUCUCCACCAUGGCCAAGACCAAAGAGCUCUCCAAGGAUGUCAGGGACAAGAUUGUAGACCUACACAAGGCUGGAAUGGGCUACAAGAGCAUCGCCAAGCAGCUUGGUGAGAAGGUGACAACAGUUGCUGCGAUUAUUCGCAAAUGGAAGAAACACAAAAGAACUGUCAAUCUCCCUCGGCCUGGGGCUCCAUGCAAGAUCUCACCUCGUGGAGUUGCAAUGAUCAUGAGAACGGUGAGGAAUCAGCUCAGAACUACACGGGAGGAUCUUGUCAAUGAUCUCAAGGCAGCUGGGACCAUAGUCACCAAGAAAACAAUUGGUAACACACUACGCCGUGAAGGACUGAAAUCCUGCAGCGCCUGCAAGGUCCCCCUGCUCAAGAAAGCACAUAUACAUGCCCGUCUGAAGUUUGCCAAUGAACAUCUGAAUGUUUCAGAGGAGAACUGGGUGAAAGUGUUGUGGUCAGAUGAGACCAAAAUGGAGCUCUUUGGCAUCAACUCAACUCGCCGUGUUUGGAAGAGGAGGAAUGCUGCCUAUGACCCCAAGAACACCAUCCCCAUCGUCAAACAUGGAUGUGGAAACAUUAUGCUUUCGGGGUGUUUUUCUGCUAAGGGGACAGGACAACUUCACCGCAUCAAAGGGACGAUGGACGGGGCCAUGUACCGUCAAAUCUUGGGUGAGAACCUCCUUCCCUCAGCCAGGGCAUUGAAAAUGGGUCGUGGAUGGGUAUUCCAGCAUGACAAUGACCCAAAACACACGGCCAAGGCAACAAAGGAGUGGCUCAAGAAGAAGUACAUUAAGGUCCUGGAGUGGCCUAGCCAAUCUCCAGACCUUAAUCCCAUAGAAAAUCUGUGGGGGGAGCUGAAGGUUUGAGUUGCCAAAUGUCAUUCUCGAAACCUUAAUGACUUGGAGAAGAUCUGCAAAGAGGAGUGGGACAAAAUCUCUCCUGAGAUGUGUGCAAACCUGGUGGCCAACUACAAGAAACGUCUGACCUCUGUGAUUGCCAACAAGGGUUUUGCCACCAAGUACUAAGACAUGUUUUGCAGAGGGGUCAAAUACUUAUUUCCCUCAUUUAAAAUGCAAAUCAAUUUAUAACAUUUGUGACAUGCGUUUUUCUGGAUUUGUUUGUUGUUAUUCUGUCUCUCACUGUUCAAAUAAACCUACCAUUAAAAUUAUAGACUGAUCAUUUCUUUGUCAGUGGGCAAAUGUACAAAAUCAGCAGGGGAUCAAAUACUUUUUUCCCUCACUGUAAAUGCCUAACCAGCAUGUGCAUUUUUGGUCUUUUGCCUCCCUUAGGCAUAUUUCACACUGAUUAGUGAAGGAGGAGAGACCAUGUGGAAGUCACAUGAACAACAAGGAUGAGGCAAAAACAACUGGGAGGAAACUUGUUGAGGAGAGGACUGCUGCCGCCCAACUUCUCCCUCCGAUUGGGGAUUUGCUGCUUGACAGCCUAGCAUCCCCUGUCCCACCCGCCACCCAAACAUAUGCAAUGAACAGCACUACUCAGCCCCCUGCCAUCAUAGACAGGGAUGUCGCAGUCAGCUCCGUGUUGGUACCAUUCUUCCUCAUUACCUUCAUCGGGAUAGCUGCAGCUGUGGUGAGUGGCUAACAGGGACAUCACAUGUUGGCCUACAGUGAUACAGUUAAGAAUUUCUACUUUGACGAGCUACGGCUUUAGAUUAUUACUUUUUUGAACCACCUUUUUUUUAUUGCAGGUGAUGUAUGUGCGCAGGAAGAGAAGGUAACUUGCUUUUAUUAAUUGCUUUUAUUCUCUUCCUUAUUGCUCUCAGCAGGUGUAUGGUUACUUCUUAAAUUGGCCAACUCCUUUUGAACAAUACACAGAAAUCCUGCAAUAAUGUCCAAAAAGUGUAUUUUUACAUUGGUCACCAUGUCACGGUAUACUCCUUUCCUAUUGUGUGUUUCAGAAUUGACAGGCUCCGGCACCAGUUGCUUCCAGUCUAUACCUAUGACCCCUCAGAAGAAUUACAUGAAGUUGAACAGGAAAUGCUGUGGAAAGAGGAAGAUACUAAGGUAUGAUUUCACCCUCAUCUUUGUCUAUGAAUCAAUUGAUAAGCUGCAGUAAGAUCCCUCCCUAUGUGGCACUUUUAUCCCAUACAUACGACUAAUAAAACCUACAACUUUUACAAACACUAGAUGGCGACAUUGGCCACGCAAAAAAUAGGUAUUUUUAUGUAACGUCGUCACAGAUGAAAGAAGGAGACGGAUGUCUCACAGGAUGUAUACAUCUGAAGUAUCCAUUUAGAACUUCUACUCACCACCACAUAUGGUGAUGAGAGGAAGUCCAGUGGCGGGAGGUGUGAGAAGAUGGAGCUAGAUAGAAUUUGGCCGACAUAGUGCAAAUGUUCUCAUCGAUGAAACAUUCGAUAUCAAUACAGUUUUCUGUUCCCAAAAUUACAAUAUUUUAUAAACAGUUUUGUAGACUUGACCCUUUGCCAAUGUUUCAAGAACUUGCAUUGUUUAGAAGGAGUGCAAAGGCAAAUUGAGAUAUUGCACAUUCACACUUCACAGAGAAGGCAUUCACUACAUGCUAAAACGCGCCAAUAGGAUCUCGCUAGCCCGUGCUUGACUCUGUCCACCCACCUCCUUGCUUGUUCUACAUUUACAUUAUAGUCAUUUAGCAGGCGCUCUUAUCCAGAGCGACUUACAGUUAGUGCAUACAUUAUUUAAAUAAAUACAAAUUCAUACUGGCCCCCCGUGGCGUUGCAAACGCCAUGCUCUACCAACUGAGCUACAUCCCUGCCGGCCAUUCCCUCCCCUACCCUGGAUGACGCUGGGCCAAUUGUGCGCCGCCACAUGGGUCUCCCGGUCGCGGCCGGCUAUGACAGAGCCUGGAUAUGAACCAGGAUCUCUAGUGGCACAGCACAGCCUUAGACCACUGCGCCACUCGGGAGGUCUGCCCACUAUGCUUCAUUUGCUCCUAUUGGAAAUGACGGUAAUGAGAUAUCUUGGGUUAGUUGCCAGUAUCUUUGAUGUAGUAGUAUCAAAUGGAGCAGCUUGUGGCUCAUCUUUGUAAAAAAAUAAAGAUCAGGCAAGAAAGUGGAGCUGUAGGAUAAUCUUUGCUCCCUUUUAGGAAGAUUUUAUGAAUGACGAUAUUAACGAAUGUAGACAUUUAUUUGAGAACUUGGUCAAAUAUAAAGGUAGGUUUAUUUUGCGGAGAUCUGGUACAACUAAUUACCCUCGCUUAUAUGUGAAUUAGAGUUCGGAGCAGUCUGACCGCACGUUGGAUGCCUUUCUAUCUGAUUCUCCCAGAGAAUUGUCACCUGACGUGCUAUCGCUUUACAUUUGCGCGCGGUAUAAAUUGCGUGUCGUCCACGUGGGGGAAAACUCUCAGAGUUGGAUCUGUUGGCGCUUGAGCUGUCGUUUCCGACAUGGGUGUAAGUCAAUUAAGCGUUAGGCACUUUGUGGGUCACUUAAGAUAUUUGCACAAGGUGUUGACUUCAAAUGCAUGCCAUAUACAACAGUAAUGAGGAAGAUCCGACUGUCUGAGUUUAUCUCAAAUCUAGUAUGUCUUCAGGUGGUGAAGGGUUGGGCACGGUCCUACCAGCAGCAACGUCCCCUGUUGAUGAAAGAUGCCCAUGCAUGAGUGUGUUGGAGCAGGACAUCGAUCUGUGCCAUUCUACAGAUCAGUGGAGUUAACCCUUGAGAUGCCAGAUUUCUCAAUCAUUCAACGCAAAGGGGUUUUAAGAAAGCAUGAUACUUGAGAACAGCCUGUCAUGCCUUCGCAUCAUCAUCUUUGUCAUUACCAUCAUCAUCAUCCAUCCAUCAGUCAUCAACAUCUCUGUUGGAGCAUUUACUUUGUACAGCGUCAACCUCUAAGCUAAGGGGUGGUUGGGUAUUAUGUGAACCUCUGAUGCCCUGCCCGUGUUCCCGAAAGCUGCGCCAUACACUAAACCACGACACGUUGGCUAACUACUGGUGGACAUUAUUUAUUUGAGAUUAUUUAUUUGUUUUUAAAAACUGUGUUUGUGUGUAUGAUGAUGUGGGUGUUACUGAAACAUUUGCCUUAAUGUCUAUUGUUGCUGUUUUAAGUAGUACUAUACCAGUGAGAUUAGCAAAGCCUUGACCUUGGGUGGGAUGCUUCCCAUUGUACUACUAGUUUUAGUGGUGUAAAAUUAGGUUACUAUGUCCCUCACUAUUCAAUGUCAUAAGUUACACAGAUGUGCAGUGAAUCAAUUUGAGUCCUUAAGUUACUUUAUUUUUCCUGUUUGUUGCACUGUGGUAAUGAAUACCAUUAUCAAAGCAACCAAACUAAUUCCUCCUCCUCGUCAUCAUCCAGAUAUGUGAUGAUGAAACGGUGGUCAAAAGAGAAAGCAAGAUUAAUUCCUGUUCUUUCUCUAUUUUGUUUCACUUAAGUUGAGUUUCAAACAUUACAUUCAGAAAGAGGAUGUGCAGAGAGAGAACCCUCUGGCUGUAUCGGGGAUGUCACAUGAUGGCCAAUGAAUGUAGCUAGUCAAUCAGCCUCCCCUACCCUACCCCACCCACUCCUCUCCACUAUUUAGCUGUGACUACUGCCCUAAACAUGUCCUGUUGGGAAGACAGGGCAACAGGAUGAUUGUUCUUCUAGCAGAAGAAUCCAUUUAGAAGAAUGUCAUAGGCCUGACUGUAUGCAGUACUCAGGAAAUCUCAUGUCUUUAAAAGAAUGAGUGAACAGUGAUUCAUCCUUGAAUAAUGUGCUCUAGUCUAAGUUACCCACCUUUCCUCCUUGCAUUUGUGAAUGUCAUAUAUUCAGGAUGCAAGAUGAAGGCUCCCAUUGAAAUCAAUAAUCUUAUCAGCGCAUGUAUAUGUAUGUAGGAAUCCACUCUAAGAAUGUAAACAGGGAAAUAUAUAUCAUGUAUUUCAAUAUAUUUGAAUGUGAAAUUGAGAAUUUUGACUUGAAUAAUGGACCUUUUCCCUGAAUGCUAACUGCUACGUGUUACGCUCCACUAUUUAUGAUUCCCAUGCACAUUAAACAUAUAAUAAUGCAUUUGAUUGAAAUGCAGAGUUUGUUCUGAAAAGAAAAUACAGGAUAGACUACUGAUGAAAAUACAAACUUUAAAUGUAAUUUUGAUAUCACUGUUAUCAAGGGUUUGCACACUAUUGUUCAAGACUGUGAUUAUUUUUGUUGCUUUUCAAUUGAAGCGCUGAUUUCACUGUCCAUGAAGUAAACUUGUAUGUAUGUUAGUGAGAAUAUGGACUUUUUAUAGAUGGUCUGGAUGUAAAGCAAAAAUAAAAUGGAAAGAGGAGUUAAUAAAUGUGUGUAUUUAUUGAU